UCAGUGUGGUCGGCACUAAGGGGGAAAUAUUUAAUAAAAAUAGGUUUUAAAGAAGUAUAGGCAUUUGCAGAGAUGACUGUAUUUGAUAGAAGUCUAUAUGUGGUUCACACUGUCAAUUCUGAUAGUGCUCAUUUGGGAAUUUCCCUUCAAACCUAACCUGCCACGGGUUAAAGUAGCUUAUCCAUCCUAUACUAUUUGAUAAAUAAAAAAAUAGUUUACUUCUAACGUGAACCAUUUAUAAAUUAGUCUACCCAUAUUGCAGAGUCUUGACGAUUAGUGAAGAAUAUGAAUAAGAUGUGUGUGUUCUUGAGCAGUGCAGAAAUAGUCUUGCUGGUCUGUGGCCUGUCUCAUUGCAGCUGGGUUGUAAGUACAGGCCUAAAAUCGAUAAUACCGAUAAAACCGAUAGUAGCUCUGUGUGAGGUUUUUAGAAGUAUGUCACUCUCUCUGCAUUUUGUUUUCCUGCUCCUGACUGCUCUCUGGGGCAGCAGCUGCUUCGCCAAGCCCGCCCCAUUCAACGUAUCAAUGGAGGGUAGUGGGGAUGAACCCGAAAUCAUCUUUCCCAUCGCUCGUACCACCCAUCUUCCUCCAUCCCCCUCGCCUCCUCCCAACAUAACAGCCACUUUCAUCCGCAUCAAAGACUUUCUUUUCAACCAGGUGGUGGACUUCCUGAAGGAGAACUUGCUUCUCAUCAUUGUCGUGACCUCUCUGUUGGUAGUCAUCAUCUUUAUCGUCUGCUGUGCUUCAGCGAUGAGCCACAAACGCAAGCUUGAGGCCUACUAUCCUCCAAAGACCUACACACCCAGGAAAUACAUGAGCCAACCUAGUAAAGCUGUGGAGAAACCACAAAACCAGAUUCAGGAAGGUAAGACCAUGGCUGCAAAGACCCUACGGGAACCCACUAAAGCACUGGUGGGGGAGAAGGAAGGAAAAGACCCCCGUCCCAAGCCGAAAGAAGUCCAAAAGUUGGAGGAUGUUGAAGAGGUGGAGAUGCAGAAAGAUGAGCCCAAGAAGAAAGAAGAGCCUCAGCCUUCCACCUCAAAUGUCACCUCCAGUCAGCCUUUGGUCUGUACGUGCCACCUCAGAAAGGCCAAUCAUACCACAGCGUGAGAGCUUUUUCUGUAACAGGCAGGAAUGACCUUGAUCCCAAACUUUUUCUACUGGGAGAUAUACAUCUUUUGGUAGAAAUGAUGCCAAUACUCUUACUCUUUGUGUUAUUAUUGCUUUGCAACCUGUGUAUGUGGCACCAGAGGAAGAGUAUAAUUUUUUUUCAUCAAAAAAAUUAGUUUGCUAAAUAAAGAGCAGUUGACAUUUUUAUUAAUGUGGAAAAUAAACAACACUUGAAACUAUUUUGUGAAUCACUUUCUACUUGUGACAGACUUAAGAAAACCUCUUUUGAAACUUGUU